ACCCCCUGUCCCUCCCCAGUGUGAACUUUGUGAAGUGGUCGUCGCAGGGGAUGCUCCGGAUGUCCCCGGAGGCCAUGAACGAGCUCUUCCAGCCCACCAUCACCCACAUCAUCCAGCACAUCGACUCGCUGCUGAAGAAGCCGGAGGUGGAGGGUGUCAAGUUCCUGUUCCUGGUGGGGGGCUUCGCCGAGUCGCCGGUGCUGCAGCGGGCGGUGCAGGCGGCCUUCGGCGCCCGCUGCCGCCUCAUCGUCCCGCAGGACGUGGGGCUCACCAUCCUCAAGGGCGCCGUGCUCUUCGGCCUCGACCCCGGCGUGGUGCGGGUGCGGCGCUCGCCCCUCACCUACGGCGUGGGCGUCCUCAACAAGUUCGUGGAGGGGAAGCACCCGCGGGAGAAGCUGCUGGUCAAGGAGGGCCGGAACUGGUGCACCGACGUCUUCGAGAAGUUCGUGUCCGUGGACCAGUCGGUGGCGCUGGGGGAGGUGGUUCAGCGCAGCUACUGCCCCGCGCGGCCCGGCCAGCGCCGCACCCUCAUCAACAUCUACUGCAGCGCCCGCGACGACGUGCGCUACAUCACCGACCCCGGCGUGCGCCACUGCGGCACCAUCAGCCUCCAGCUCGACGGCGACGGCGGCGACGGGGGGGACGGGGGGGACGCCGGCCCGGCGCGGGGCCGCAGGGAGAUCCGGGCCAGCAUGCAGUUCGGGGACACCGAGAUCAAGGUCACCGCCCCCUCGGAGUGGGGAUUUUGGGGUGAAAACCCCAUGGUUUAG